CCAAGAAAGGAAGAGCAGCAAAACAAAAAAGACACACCACCCUCGCUCGCUCUUUCUUCUCGUGUGUAUCGCAAGGAAUCCAAGGCAGAAGGAGAGGAGGGAACGAGAGAGGGAGGGAGACGGAAGGGUGGAGAUGUCGAAGAAGAAGUCUUCUUUCAGCGGAUCGACAACGAUGACGCUUAAGGACUUCCAUGGCGGCUCCAUCCCUUCCCAGCUCCCCCUCCCCUCCGCCCCCAGUGCCAGCGCCAGCGCCUCCGCCAGGCAGUCCGAUCGACCCGGCGCCUGGGGUACCAUCACCGCCGUUGCCUCCGGUAGGUCCGACUACCACCACCAUCUUCUCCGUCCGCGACCCGGAUCCGCGGGCGCCGCCUCUUCAUCCGCUCGAGGCCUCGACGAGAGGCCCCCCGCCCUCCUCCCCCAUUCGACCCCCAACGGCGGGCACUUUGACGAGGACGAGCGCAAGCCCUUCGACGCCUCGUCUGCACCUCGCCGCUCCCCUGCCGCCCCUGACAACACUCUCCGCACGCCUCCGCCCACCAGAUCUGACACUAAGCGACCCAUCUCUAGCCAAGUGGUCCCGUCUCCUGCCACCGUUCCUGUCCCUGUCUCCGCGUUUUCUCCCCCCUCCGGCAACCCUGGCUCCGCUUCAUCUGCUUGGGGCCAGAGGAAGGAGGUAGGAACUGAACCGCCACCUCCGUUGCCAACUCAACCCAAAGCCACGAUGUGGUCCGCUUCAAGGCUUGCGCAGGCCAGCGCGGUUGAGAAGGUGUCAUCGGGCAGGUGGCAACCGAGGCCUCCCGAAGGCGAGGCCAUCAGAUCACAGGAAUCCGAAGGUUUGGAUCGGAGGAUUGGAGAGGCGAAUCGGGUUAUGGAUGACGUCUAUCGGGAUCGUCAGACGGAGAGGCCGAGAUCAGUCUCGUCGCUUGUGGCCUACGCAGAAGUCAAGGAGACGACUUUACCAGGAUAUCAUACGGAUAGGGAAAGCGAUCAGGAGAGGGCAAGAUCUCCAGUGUAUCCUGAGAUGGAGAAGAAUGUAGUGGGCUUCUCUAGCGAAGGGAUUUCUCGGCCAGGUUCCAGUGAUGGGAGAUUUGGUGGGUCAAACUUAUAUCAGCAAGGCGUGAUGGAGGUAUUGGAGCGUCCGAAACUUACCCUUCUUCCAAGGAGGAAACCGCUGGAAUCUCCAGACAUUCACGCUAGAGGUUUUGAUAGCAAGCAGGUGUAUCAGACAUCUGUUAGCUUGGUGCAAGUUAAGAAUGUCCAUGAAAUGCAUGGAAGUACAAAUCUGCCGCGACCAGGGCCUGCUUGUGCAGAAGAGGGGAGUCGAGCAGCUGAGCGUCCCAGAUUGAACCUAAGGCCUCGUACUCAGCCUAUUGAGCAGUCAGAUGGGAAUGCUGAUAGGGGGAGGCAAACUGUGUUUGGCGGAGCUCGGCCACGAGAACUGAUCUUGAAGGAGCGUGGAAUAGAUGUCGCAUCUAAUGAUCUUGAGAUGACCACACCACCCAACAGGGCUAGGGAUGACACUCCAAAGAAUGAUUCAAAGAUUGAACCCAAUGCAACCACCCAGUCUAGAGAAAGAUCUGAGAGGCUUCCGCUCCCUGCUGGACAAAGGACCGAGAAGGAUCUUGAGAGGAGAGGCUAUCGGCCAGAUUCUGAGAAAGUAGAUCCACAUAAGGGUUCAUGGAGAAAUGAUUACCGGAAGAAUAGUGGAGGGAAUGAGAAACCACUUGAACAACCUCGCUCGGACACUCACACCUGGCGCAAACCUGUCGAGCAACCGAAACCUGAUAUCCAGGCACUUCGAUCUGGGAAAGCAGCCUCUGCAAUGGAGCUUGCACAAGCAUUUUCAAGGUCUGUGUCUGAUGCCAAGCUGGAGAACGACUUUACUACCCUGAGGAGCACUCCUGGUCAGACUCAGCCUCCAUUUUCACGCCUAACAAAUACCAGGGAGCUGUACUCAGGGCCAGCUCAGAGGCAGAUCAAUGGUUACUGAUCAAUUCAUCAACUCGAAUUGGUACUAGAGAAGUUUAACCUUUUGGAAUGGUUGCAGUUUGGUUAACUGUGGUCUCUGCACUCACAUUGUCUUCAAUGCCUCUUUUUCAUUUUGCUGGGGCAAUCUGGUGGCGUCAUCUGAUGAGAAGGUAGAUAUUAUCUGCAACGUCCCAAUGACCAGAAAAGGUUAUUUGAAAUAUAGUGAGUGAUGGUUAAGAAGUCAUCCUGCGGGGAUCUUCUAUUUAUUUAUUUCUGUUUAAUGACUAGCAUAUUUUUAGGAGUAACAAUCGGGAAACUGCAGUUGUUCCAAGGUGGAAGUUUAUACAUUCCUUUGAAGUUGAUUUCAGGUUGAAGUAAUAAUAUAUUUGCCAGGUGCACUUGUAACCUUAAAA